AUGAGUCGAAUUGAGAUUAAUGAGGAGGACGUGAAGUCUCUUUGCGAGGGCAAUCCUUUGAUGGAGGGAGUCAUCAACUAUGUUUUUGUCAAGGCAGCCGCAAUUGCACAGCGCCCGGAUGUGGUUUACUUUCUGGACCCGGCCGUGGCGCACACGAUGUACGCCUUUGAGGAUGCCUCAUUGGGGCCUGUGGAUGAGAUAUGUCGCGUGUUGAUUGUUGUCAUUCCAAUUGCGGAAUAUAAGGCAGUAGGUUUUAAUGGUGUUCACUGGAGCGUUCUUCUUCUUCAACGGAUGAGUGUCAAUGUGCCGUUUGAUGCCUUUCGUCUGGACAGUCUGAGCGACAAGAACGAGGAUCGCUGCUUAUCAUUUCUCCAUCUGCUUUAUAGCUGUUCCACGUGCACGGACCACAUGCCACGGAGUAGCACAAUCAUGAAGUUUCCUUCUCAACGAAACGAUGUGGACUGCGGGUGUUUUGUUUGCAUGGCUGCCCUUCACGUUGCUGAGGUGGUGAAGAACUGGAACGAUGGUGCGACGGGCCUUUUUGACGGGCCACUGGAAUUUCCACAUGAAUUGGAUGCAUCACUCUUUCGGCGUAGUCUAUUGGGAGAAGUUCUUCGAGAGGGUUGUUGA